AUGAUGAACAACUCAACCUGCUCCAAUGACGCGGACCUCAAGUCUUACUAUGCAAUUACCUACACCCUCAUUCUGAUCCCUGGACUAAUAGGAAACACUUUAGCCCUGUGGGUCUUUUACGGUUACAUGAAAGAGACUAAAAGGGCUGUAAUAUUUAUGAUCAAUUUGGCCAUUGCUGAUUUGUCACAAGUUUUAUCCUUACCUCUAAGGAUUUUCUACUACUUGACUGGCACGUGGGAGUUUGGAGGAGGUCUCUGCAUGCUUUGCUUCUACCUGAAGUAUGUCAACAUGUAUGCAAGCAUCUACUUCUUGGUUUGCAUCAGCGUAAGACGAUUUUUGUUCCUCAUGUACCCAUUCAAAUUCAGCGACUGCAAACGCAUCUGUGAUGUGUAUAUCAGCAUCAUCGGGUGGGUCAUAGUCUGCAUUGGCUGUCUGCCUUUCCCUCUUCUCAGGCUUCACAAGAACGUCAAAAACACGUGUUUUGUGGACCUCCCAGUAAAGGAGGUCGAUCUUCCCAUCUCCAUUGCCAUGAUGACCAUAGGUGAACUGCUGGGCUUCGUAACGCCCCUGCUGAUAAUUCUGUAUUGCUCAUGGAAGACUAUCUUAUCAUUAAAAGAAAGAAAUUCUGCUUCACAUGACCUUGGAGAGAAAAAAAAGGCUUUAAAGAUGAUUCUCACCUGUGCCCUGGUAUUUCUGAUUUGCUUUGCACCUUACCAUAUCAGCUUCCCAUUAGAUUUCUUUGUCAAAACCAAGAAGAUCAAAAAUGAAUGUGCCCAGAAAGUGAUAUCAGUAUUUCAUGCUGUAGCUUUGUGUCUUGCCAGUUUAAAUUCCUGUGUAGACCCGGUCAUCUACUACUUUACUACAAAUGAGUUCAGAAGACGACUUUCAAGACAGGAUUUGCAAGACAGCAUUCAGCUGCACAACCUAAGUUAUGUGAAAAAACAUGCCAAAACUGAACUCAUGGGGCAAGUUAUAGACUGCUGA